AUGCUUCCACGACUCUGCCCUCCAGUUCCGCCGUUUGACCCGGCUUACUCCCGAGGGUGGUUUAUGCGGCUCGAUGCGAUUCUCGCGGUGAAUGGCAUCAAGACACAGCCGAGGAUGCACGCUGUCCUGCUGAACGCCCUCCCGGUUGAGCUGUGUCAUCUAGCCGCCGAGUCGUCCUCGAGCCCGCGGCCCUACGAUGACCUCUGCGCUGCGGUGCUCGCCUGCUACGGACAAACGUACCGCCCGCUUCCGGGGAGCCGCGAGUUCCAGGUUUCCCCUCCCUCGCAGGGAGCGGGACCAACAGGCCCGCAGCCUUCCCUUGACCAAGACUUGUCUUCCCCGGCUACGACUCCUCCGACCUCACGUCCGGCCACCUGCGCAUCGAUUCCCGCGCCCGACUACCGGCCCGACGAUGUACACGAGGUUCCUGCUGCCAUCGGCCACUCCACUGAGAGGUCUGUUUUCUCGACAGCCUCGGCCCACGGUCCUUCAGACUUGCCGGCCAUCUGCACGUCUUCCCCGACCUCCACCGCCCACGACACUUCUGACACGUCAGGCUCCACGACGGCUACCUCGCCGCACGCCCUGGAGCCUGCCAUAGACACGGACACCAUGAAGCCCGCUAUACGACCCCCAAUUCCGGAGGCAUCGCCAGCUAUGAUGCCCAACGAACCCGCCUUUUCGACCUCGACACUGUGCGCAUCUUGCCAGCAGGAGCUACCAUCGUCCUCGACGUCUCCCGCAGCAGAAGUUCAGGCCCCUAACCAGCUGCGGCCGAACGUGCGUGACGCUGCGACGAUGACAGAAAAUCCCGAGGACCACCCACCUGGCUCGCCACAGGUAGACCAGACCGCAUAUGCCCUACCAGCCACGCAGGCAGACAACCCGCCUGCCGCCCCGCACACGCGCUCUCCUGCACCUACUAAACAACUUCAUUCUGCGACUACAGCUGCACCGUCGUCCAGUCUCUCCAACACGGCUCCUCACACCGAGACUAGUCCCGCCACGUCGAUCUGCAGCGCACGACUCGCGGCUCAUCUGCAAUCUACACGGCAGACUAUGGAGCAGCCGCCGCCAAUAAUGUGCUACCGUCGCCACGCCAACUGCGUCGCCCGCCCACCCAGGCGAAAAUGA